UAGCCGGCAUCUCCGUGGUUCUCCCCAUGCGUGGGUACAGUGAGGAGGGUACUCCGGUCCCAGCCCGAUCUGCAAAGACAACAUCAAGUGCUGGCUCCUCUCCAAAGAGAGGACUGUGUGCCGAGCCUGAGCGGCUACACAUGGAACGCUCUGGGGUGGUCCCGCUAAGGAGGUCAUGAAAAGUCCUUAGGAUUCUGGGCUUCCCCCAUCCUUUUGUCCUGUCUGGAGAGGAGAGAACUGAGCUUACUAAAGAGGCGGGAGAGGGUCCAGAGGGGACCUCGGUGCUCCCUGCCCUCUCUCUAAAACACAGAUCUGAAACUGCGGCCGCCCUGUGCCAUAACUCCCGCCAGCUGCGGGGGACCAGAGGAUGACUGAGAAACAUUCUACUGGCUGUGACAUCAGAGUUGGCAUUCCCAGGUCUUCCUCUUACAAAGGACAAUGACUACUGAUGAGGGCACCAGUAAGAAUGGAGAGAACCCGGCAGCCACCGUGACUGAGCAGGGUGAAGACAUCACUACGAAGAAAGACAGAGGAGUAUUAAAGAUUGUCAAAAGAGUGGGGACUAGUGACGAGGCCCCAAUGUUUGGUGACAAAGUUUAUGUCCACUACAAAGGGAUGUUGUCAGAUGGAAAGAAGUUUGAUUCCAGUCAUGACAGAAAGAAGCCAUUUGCCUUUAGCCUUGGCCAAGGCCAGGUUAUCAAAGCCUGGGACAUUGGGGUGUCUACUAUGAAGAAAGGCGAGAUCUGCCAUUUAUUAUGUAAACCAGAAUAUGCUUAUGGCUCGGCUGGCCACCUCCAAAAAAUUCCAUCGAACGCAACUCUCUUUUUUGAGAUUGAGCUCCUUGAUUUCAAAGGUGAGGAUUUAUUUGAAGAUUCAGGCGUUAUCCGUAGAAUCAAACGGAAAGGCGAGGGAUACUCAAACCCAAACGAAGGAGCAACGGUCAAAGUCCACCUGGAAGGCUGCUGUGGUGGAAGGACGUUUGAUUGCCGAGACGUGGUGUUCAUUGUUGGGGAAGGAGAAGACCACGACAUUCCGAUUGGGAUUGACAAAGCCUUGGUGAAGAUGCAGAGAGAAGAACAGUGUAUUCUAUAUCUUGGACCACGCUAUGGUUUUGGAGAAGCCGGGAAGCCUAAGUUUGGCAUUGACCCCAAUGCUGAGCUUAUGUACGAGGUCACCCUUAAGAGCUUCGAGAAGGCCAAAGAAUCCUGGGAGAUGGACACCAAAGAAAAGCUGGCGCAGGCUGCCAUCGUGAAAGAGAAGGGAACUGUGUACUUCAAGGGAGGCAAGUACACACAGGCCGUGAUUCAGUACAGGAAGAUAGUGUCCUGGCUGGAGAUGGAAUAUGGCCUGUCAGAGAAGGAGUCCAAAGCCUCAGAGUCGUUCCUCCUCGCAGCCUUCCUGAACCUGGCUAUGUGCUACCUGAAGCUGCAAGAGUACAACAAAGUCGUGGAGUGCUGCAACAAGGCCCUUGGACUGGACAGUGCCAAUGAGAAAGGCUUGUACAGAAGGGGCGAGGCCCAGCUGCUCAUGAAUGACUUUGAGUCGGCCAAGGGCGACUUCGAGAAAGUGUUGGCAGUCAAUCCUCAGAACAGGGCCGCGCGCCUGCAGAUCUCCAUGUGCCAGAGGAAGGCGAAGGAGCACAACGAGCGGGACCGCAGGGUGUACGCCAACAUGUUCAAGAAGUUCGCAGAGCAGGACGCAAAGGAGGAAGCCAGCAAAGCUGGGAGCAAGAAGGCUGUAGAAGGAGCCGCUGUCAAACAACACGAGAGUCAGACCAUGGAAGAAGGAAAGGCCAAAGGCCAUGUAUGACGCCGCGCCAAGGAGGGAAGAGAGUCCUAAUGAACUCGGCCCUCCUCACUGGGCUCGCCCCCAACUCAGGACUGAACAGUGUUUAGUGUAAGGUUUGUUACAGUCUCUGUGAUUCUGGAAGCAAAUGGCAUACCAGUAGCUUCCCAAAUGACCACCUGCUGCUGCGGGGCGGGGCGGGGGGAGGGGGGGACAUGCCAGGAAACAGCAGAGAAGGCCGCUAGUGUGAAGAGACCAGGCCAGCAGCUCAGUCCAGCCCAUUUCAGUUUGUCACCUUUCAGUGUCCAGCACAGCGUCCCUGUGAACCUAGGGCCCAGCUGCUGUGGGUUCUACAUCUGCACUAGGGUCACACUGCAGAAACCCUUGAUAAAACAAACUCAGUGAUCUCUGCUUUCCUAUUGGUGGGCAUGGCAGGGGCGGGUGAUGAGAUUUGUUUAGCACUGACUGACUGGCCUGCUACGAACACAGGCCCACAGCCAGGGGCUCCCUGGUCCACAGCUGGGUCUCAGGCCCCUUGCCUGCCUUCCAAGUCCUUUCUCAGACUCUUGAGUGUGGCUUUCUGUCCUAGCCAGCAUGUCCCACAGACUCUGUCGUUCCUCCAACGCCCGUCAUUAGUGACAGCUUUCUCUCUGAGUUUCUGUGGUGUGGAGAGUGGGCAGAAGAUGGCUUAUCUUUCCCGCUGUCUGCCCCUCUCAAGGACGAUAUUAGCGCUCAGCCAUCCCCACCCAGCGCAGCUGCUCAGCCUCGUGAUCCCACCUGCACCCUUGCUGUGCAGAACCUAAGGCUUGCUCCCGUCCCAGACUCGAGUGGACGGACGUCCAUGUCCACCCAGGAUUGACGAGUUGCUCUUUCUUUUAUCAUGGUUACCUACUUGUAAGCGUGUAUGCUGCUUUUUGGAAGGAACUUCACACUCCUCUAUCAUGCAAAAAUAGUUUUCAAUUUUUACUUUUUAGCUUGGGUUUUGAAAGGCAAACUCUAGGAGGCUUAAAACGGGCAGUUACUCUUAAGGCGAGGUAGAUCCCUCAUCCUGCACCGCAGCCUCUGUAUUCUGGUGGGAGCUGUAAGGGUUGCGGGCUUCCGGUGUCAUGCAUCAAGCCAAAGUCUCCAAAACGUGGGCAUUGAAUUAGGGCAAAUCUUAAAUAGUUUUGGAGUUGGAUUUUAGUCCUACAGGUGAUGAUUGAGCGUGGCUGGCUUCUCCACAGUCUAAGGAACCCCUAUGGGACACACCCACCACACCCAGUGACCCAUGCACCUCUGCCUGGACAGCUCACUUCCAGCCCUAAGGACCACUGUGCUCAAGAUGUGUGGCUGUAGUAAGACAGUCUCAUGUCAGGCAUUGAGUCAGAGCCUUCCUUCACACCUGCGGGACAGCGCUUCUGAGGCUCCAGUUCUGCUCUGCCCGAAGCAGGAGGGAUGGGUUGUGAAAGAGUCUGGGAUGUGACUGGGGCCCUCGCAACUCACACUCUGGCACUUUCGCCUCUUCCCAUCCAUGUUUGAGGGCCCUGGUCUCACCAGGAAGUGCAGAGCAUGAGCCGCCUGUGUGUGUAACGCUCUAGUGUUUGUAGUUCUCUUCACUAGCCUUGCAGUGCCAGGGAGGCCGGGCUGGAAUUUGAGCCUAACACGUUAGGAUUUUACGGAAAGCUCUUUUUCCAGCUGUCUCCCAAGUGCGUAUUGUGGGCCAAGGAGACUGGUAUGGGAAGGGGGGAUGGUCAAGGUUCCAAGCCAGAAAUGGAAGGUGCCCAGCACCCCUGGAUUUUACAUGCUCUUGUAUUCAGUAAUCUCAGACAAUUUACACGGAAAUCAGAAGAUGUCUUCAAAUACCCUUAGACUGGAUAGAGUGAUGGGGAAGCAGAUGAUGCAUUGAAAUUUUGGUUUUUAAAAAAUCACUUAGAUGCUGGGAGUAAUGGUGACACACACCCUUGAUCCCGUGACCUGGGAGGCCCUGUCUCAAAACAAAACAAAACAAAAAAUCAUUUAGAUGCAUUUUGUGUUCCUUAAAUAAAUUUUUUAA